AUGCUAGUAAAGAUUAUUCUUACCGUCUUCAUCGCUAACUUCGAAAUAGGCGGCGAUUUCUUGAAACCAACCGAACAUCGUAAUUUGUGUUUUCUAACUUACUCAUCAUUUUAGACUUAUCCAAAGGAAGCUCGAGUUCCUCUCAAUGUCUUAACUGGAGCGGCCGGCUGCAAGGCUAUUUGGAUAACUUGACUUUGAGCAAUUGUUCUCAUUGGAGACCAGACCUUUUCAAAAGUUCAAUCAUUAUUGUCACUCACAACGAGCCAUUAACCAUCCUGAUUAGCACAAUCGAGAGCAUUGAAAGUAAUACUUCAAAAUCUCUCCUUCAGGAACUAAUAAUCGUGGAUGAUUCCAGUGAGGAACCAGUCAGUCUGGAUGGCCUCAAGAGUACUACAUCAGUAAGAUGCUGGCGGUUCUAUAGUAUUGUAUAUAGUAA